AUGUCUCGCCUGGUGGAAUGUGUCCCCAACUUCUCAGAGGGGAACAACCAGGAGGUGAUCGAUGCCAUCGCCCAAGCCGUGGCGCAGACCCCUGGCUGCGUGCUGCUGGACGUGGACGCCGGCCCCUCCACCAACCGCACCGUCUACACCUUCGUGGGGCGGCCCGAGGACGUGGUGGAGGGGGCCCUCAACGCCGCCCGGGCUGCCUUCCGGCUCAUUGACAUGAGCAAGCACAAAGGGGAGCACCCUCGGAUGGGAGCCCUGGACGUGUGCCCCUUCAUCCCGGUGAGGGGCGUUGGCAUGGAUGAGUGUGUGCUCUGUGCCCAGGCCUUUGGCCAGCGGCUGGCAGAGGAGCUGGGCGUGCCAGUGUACCUGUACGGCGAGGCGGCGCGGGUGGCCAGUCGCCGGACCCUGCCGGCCAUCCGGGCGGGGGAGUACGAGGCCCUGCCUGAGAAGCUCCGGCAGGCAGAGUGGGCACCUGACUUUGGCCCCAGCACCUUCACCCCCAGCUGGGGGGCCACCGUCACAGGGGCCCGCAAGUUCCUCAUCGCCUUCAACAUCAACCUGCUCAGCACCAAGGAGCAGGCACACCGCAUCGCCCUCAACCUCCGGGAGCAGGGCCGCGGGCAGGACCAGCCAGGACGUCUGAAAAAGGUCCAGGCCAUUGGCUGGUACCUGGAUGAGAAGAACCUGGCUCAGGUGUCCACCAACCUCCUGGACUUCGAGGUCACGGCGCUGCACACAGUCUAUGAGGAAACCUGCAGAGAAGCCCAGGAGCUGAACCUCCCGGUGGUGGGCUCGCAGCUGGUGGGGCUGGUGCCCCUGAAGACCCUCCUGGACGCCGCGGCCUUCUACUGCGAGAAGGAGAACCUCUUCAUCCUGGAGGAGGAGCAGCGGAUCAGGCUGGUGGUGAACAGGCUGGGCCUGGACUCCUUGUCCCCCUUCAAUCCUAAGGAGCGGAUCAUCGAGUACCUGGUCCCCAACAGCGGGCCUGGGCAGAGCUUGAUGGACAAGUCCCUGCAGGCCUUUGUCCGGGAGGUGGGCGCCCGCUCGGCGACCCCCGGGGGCGGCUCUGUGGCCGCGGCCAGUGCCGCCAUGGGGGCCUCGCUGGCCUGCAUGGCCGGCCUGAUGACUUACGGGCGGCGCCAGUUCGAGCACCUGGACGCCACCAUGCGGCGCCUGAUCCCGCCCUUCCACGCGGCCUCGGCCCGGCUGGCGGCGCUGGUGGACGCGGACGCCCAGGCCUUCACCGCCUGCCUGGAAGCGAUGAAGCUGCCUCGGAGCACCCCGGAGGAGAAGGACAGGCGAGCAGCCGCCCUGCAGAAGGGGCUGAGACAGGCGGUGACGGUGCCCCUGGAGCUGGCGGAGACGGUGGCCUCGCUGUGGCCCCCGCUGCAGGAGCUGGCCCUGUGCGUGAACUUGGCCUGCCGGUCGGACCUGCAGGUGGCUGCCAAGGCCCUGGAGACGGGCAUGUUCGGUGCGUAUUUCAACGUGCUCAUCAACCUGAAGGACAUCAGCGACGACAAGUUCAAGGACCAGACCUGCCAGCGCAUCUCCAGCCUCCUGCAGGAAGCCAAGACUCAGGCCGCACUGGUGCUGGGCCGCCUGGAGGAGCGGCAGGAGUGA